AGGCACAAAUAAAGUUUGUUUAUCAGAACACUUGGAACUAAACCGCGGUACAUUUAACCGCCUGGUUGUCGUUUGGUGCACAUUCACAGCAGUGGCGGGUUCAGCCCAAUGACUGUAGAUAACUAGCCCCGUGAAAUAGGUCCGUGUGUGUAUUUCCGGGUGGCACGAGGCUGCUCCGGUAACAUCCCAGCUAGCAUCAAUUGGUUGAGCCUACCUCCUCCGCUCGGUCGCAGCGACAGCCGGAGGCCGUGACACUAUCGCCCGGGACAGCUCCACGGUGGAUGUCUUGUAGCUGAAAGCCCAAAGCGGGGAGAGUCAUGGCGGCGUCGCUACUCUCCGAGACCGACAUCAGGCACCGGUCCAUGGCGGAGGAGGAUCCGAACGGCAACGAGCAUGGGGCGGCUGCACGCAGCGCGGCGCCUCGCUGGGGACCGCAGCACGCCGGGGCCCGACAGCUAGCACGGCUGUACUCGCCAGGUAAACGGCUCCAGGAGUGGGUGUGUGUGAUUCUGUGCCUCUUUCUUUUCAUCAUCAACUUCUCUUUCCUCCUCCUGCACUUCUCCACUGUUCACAUCUACAAGAUCGUCCUCUGCAUCGUCCUCGGAAUAGUGACGGCAGAUUUUGCAUCGGGGAUUGUGCACUGGGGAGCAGAUACCUGGGGAUCGGUGGACAUCCCUGUUAUUGGGAAGGCAUUUCUUCGACCAUUCAGGGAGCACCACAUCGAUCCGACUGCCAUCACUCGCCACGACUUCAUCGAAACCAAUGGCGAUAACUGCAUGAUCCCCAUCCUACCGCUGGCUCACAUGGCCUACAAGUUCCUCACUUACACACCAGAGGCCUUGCUGGAAUCCUACCCCUGGGAUUGCUACGUCUUCGCCCUGGCGGUUUUCGUCACGCUAACCAAUCAGAUUCACAAGUGGAGCCACUCCUACUUUGGCCUCCCUCGAUGGGUCACGCUGCUCCAGGACUGGCAUCUGGUGUUGCCACGGAAACACCACCGCAUCCACCACGUGUCGCCGCACGAGACGUAUUACUGCAUUACCACCGGUUGGUGCAACUAUCCGCUGGACCAGCUGGGCUUUUGGAGAGCCAUGGAGAGAUUAAUCGAACAGCUGACUGGGCAGAAACCUCGAUCGGACGACCUGGCGUGGGCAAAGAAAACUGACUGAAGAACAAAUACACAAAGGGUUGAAUGGAGGGAUGGGCAUGCAGAUGAAAAUGUACACAAAUAGGAAUGAAUGGGGAAAACAGACAAAUGCAUAUAAAUGUAACUCCUGUCUC